AUCUUCGGAAUUCUCGAGCAGAUGAAGGAGGCCUUCGAGAAGGACUUGUCGCAGUCUCAGAAGACCGAGAUGGCGAACCAGAAAGCGUACGACGAGCUGAAGGCCGCGAAGGUCGAGCAGAUCGAGGCGGGGCAGGCGCAGAUCGACAAGAAGUCGCAGGAGAAGCGCAGAUCGACAAACCCCCAAAAUCAAGAAAACUGAAUCAUGGAAUCAGGCAUCUGAUUUUUGUCAACAAGAAACGCGAAGUUUCAAACAGACGUUGCAGGAGAAGGCGGAGACGGACGAGCGCCUGGCCAGCUCGAAGCAGGACCUGGAGGACACGCAGGAGUCCCUCGCUGCGGACGAGAAAUUCCUGAUGAUGCUGAAAGAGAAGUGCUCGAUGACAGACGCCGAGUGGGAGGAGCGCCAAAAGACGCGCGCUGCAGAGAUGGCGGCCGUUUCCAAGGCCCUCGCCAUCCUCAGCACCGACGACGCCCACGACCUCUACACCCGCACCUUCAACAAGGGCGCCUCCCUGCUGCAGCAGCGGAGCUCUGCUGGCUCCGCCAGGCGCGACGCCGCCUCCAAGGUCAUCGCCGACGCCGCGAAGCGACUGCACAGCCAGGGGCUCUCCAAGCUGGCCCUGACGGUGAAGCUGGACGCGUUCGAGCGCGUGAAGAAGGCCAUCGACGACAUGCUGGCAGCGCUCCAGGAGCAGCAGGCUGCAGAGGUCAAGCACAAAGACUUCUGCGUGGCCGAGCUCGACGAGAACCAGCUCCAGACCGAGAAGAAGACCAUGGAAAAGCAGGACCUUGAGGCCCUCAUCGCCAAGCUGGAGACCACGAUCAAGCACCUGACGGAGGCGCUCGAAACCCUCAAGGCAGAGAUCGCGGAGAUGGAGGUGCAGAUGAAGCGCGCGGGGGAGACCCGCGAAAAGGAGAACGCGGAGUUCCAGGUGACGGUCGCCGACCAGCGUGCCACCCAGCAGAUCCUGAAGAAGGCCCUGGCCGCCCUCGGGGAGUUCUACGGCAAGCACCCGCCCGCCUUGGUUCAGAAGCAAGCGCCCGAGGGCUUCGCGCCGCCCAAGGGCUUCGACGUGUACGAAAAGUCUGCGGGCAGCAGCGGCGUGAUGGCGCUCCUCUCGCAGAUCGUCACGGACGCGAAGGCGAUGGAGGACGAGACCGUCCGCGCGGAGGAGGACAUGCAGAAGGCCUACGAGGCCUUCGUGAUCGAGACGAACGCCUCCAUCGAGGCUAAGAACAAGGAGAUCGUAAACAAGUCUCUGGAGAAGGCGAAGGCCGAGGAGCGACUCGUGGAGGCCGAGGCGGACCUGGACUCCACCAACACGGAGCUGGGCGAGCUGGCCGACUACAACGCCCAGCUGCACGGGAGCUGCGACUUCACCCUCAAGAACUUUGAUCUGCGCCAGGAGGCGCGCAUGGAAGAGAUGGAUGCCCUCAGGCAGGCGAAGCAGAUCCUCUCCGGCGCAGACUUCGGGGCCUUUCUGCAGAUGGCGUGCGCGCAGCGCAAUGCCCUUGCGAAUUCAAGGGUGCGUGUGACGUGCAGUCAGACUGUCAGCCGCCUGCUUCUCCCCCCCACCUCCGUCACGCUCCGCUUUGUCCGAGGCGUGCGCCACAGGGGCGCAGCCGUGGGACCCGGGUCGCCUUCGCCCGCCCCGGAACCAAUGCAGAUGAUGCGCGCCGCCGCUGCUGCCGUGCUCAUGGCGCUGGCAGCAAGUGGCUUGGACACCCAGGACAUGCUGAAGCAGCUCGAGACCGAGGCGGAGACAGACGAGGAAAUCUACGAUCUUCAGAUGGCAUGCUGGUGCGAGACGAACGAGAAGGAGAAGACGAAGUCGAUCAAGGAGGCCGAGGCGCGCAUCGCGCAGCUCGAGACGAAGAUCGAGGAGGAUACCGCCCUGAGUGCCAAGCUGGAGUCCGAGAUGCGCGAGCUCGAGGAGGAGGUAGCCAAGAACCAGGGGGCCUUGGACAAGGCUGACCCACAAGGGGCUGGCGGACUUCAACGGGGAGGAAAAGGAGCUCCUGGAGGCAAUCACGGCGCUCAAGUCUGCCGUCACCGUGCUGUCGAAGCACCACGGCGGGGCGUUCUUGCAGGUGCCUCGCGGCAGCGCGGCGGGCGUCGCCGGCACGCUGCAGCGCGUGAUGGCCAAGCACGCCCGCCUGCUCCAGGGCGUGCUCACCCACUCCGAGCGCAGGGCCGCUGCAGCCUUCAUCCAGUCGCCCCAGGAGACUACUUCGACGCAGAGCCCACGUUCAAGCAAUCGUACGCCCCACAAUCGGGUGAAAUCUUCGGAAUUCUCGAGCAGAUGAAGGAGGCCUUCGAGAAGGACCUGUCGCAGUCUCAGAAGACCGAGAUGGCGAACCAGAAGGCGUACGACGAGCUGAAGGCCGCGAAGGUCGAGCAGAUCGAGGCGGGGCAGGCGCAGAUCGACAAGAAGUCGCAGGAGAAGGCGGAGACGGACGAGCGCCUGGCCAGCUCGAAGCAGGACCUGGAGGACACGCAGGAGUCCCUCGCUGCGGACGAGAAGUUCCUGAUGAUGCUGAAAGAGAAGUGCUCGAUGACAGACGCCGAGUGGGAGGAGCGCCAAAAGACGCGCGCUGCAGAGAUGGCGGCCGUUUCCAAGGCCCUCGCCAUCCUCAGCACCGACGACGCCCACGACCUCUACACCCGCACCUUCAACAAGGGCGCCUCCCUGCUGCAGCAGCGGAGCUCUGCUGGCUCCGCCAGGCGCGACGCCGCCUCCAAGGUCAUCGCCGACGCCGCGAAGCGACUGCACAGCCAGGGGCUCUCCAAGCUGGCCCUGACGGUGAAGCUGGACGCGUUCGAGCGCGUGAAGAAGGCCAUCGACGACAUGCUGGCAGCGCUCCAGGAGCAGCAGGCUGCAGAGGUCAAGCACAAAGACUUCUGCGUGGCCGAGCUCGACGAGAACCAGCUCCAGACCGAGAAGAAGACCAUGGAAAAGCAGGACCUUGAGGCCCUCAUCGCCAAGCUGGAGACCACGAUCAAGCACCUGACGGAGGCGCUCGAAACCCUCAAGGCAGAGAUCGCGGAGAUGGAGGUGCAGAUGAAGCGCGCGGGGGAGACCCGCGAAAAGGAGAACGCGGAGUUCCAGGUGACGGUCGCCGACCAGCGUGCCACCCAGCAGAUCCUGAAGAAGGCCCUGGCCGCCCUCGGGGAGUUCUACGGCAAGCACACCCCCGCCUUGGUGCAGAAGCAAGCGCCCGAGGGCUUCGCGCCGCCCAAGGGCUUCGACGUGUACGAGAAGUCUGCGGGCAGCAGCGGCGUGAUGGCGCUCCUCUCGCAGAUCGUCACGGACGCGAAGGCGAUGGAGGACGAGAUCGUCCGCGCGGAGGAGGACAUGCAGAAGGCCUACGAGGCCUUCGUGAUCGAGACGAACGCCUCCAUCGAGGCUAAGAACAAGGAGAUCGUCAACAAGUCUCUGGAGAAGGCGAAGGCCGAGGAGCGACUCGUGGAGGCCGAGGCGGACCUGGACUCCACCAACACGGAGCUGGGCGAGCUGGCCGACUACAACGCCCAGCUGCACGGGAGCUGCGACUUCACCCUCAAGAACUUUGAUCUGCGCCAGGAGGCGCGCAUGGAAGAGAUGGAUGCCCUCAGGCAGGCGAAGCAGAUCCUCUCCGGCGCAGACUUCGGGGCCUUUCUGCAGAUGGCGUGAGGCCUGCCGUGGCCCCGAUGGCUGGGACCCCCGGGUGCCCUUGGCCCUUGGCCCUUGGCACUCCUCCAGCCUAUUCUCGGAAGGCGUUCGCUCUUGACAUAAGUCCCCUCCCAGCUGAACGCACACAGACACAGAUAUGUACGUCUACGUAGUGAGCAUCUCCAUCUACAUCCACAGCAACAUCUACA